AUGGGGGAUAGAAUCCAGCGACAGGAGGAAACACUAGCCCUAAUGUUUGCCCAGACGAACUCGUACCAACGACUCGUCGAGCUUGAUGCAGACGCCACGCAGCCGUUCCUCCUCACCUUUUUAACAGACAUGCCACCGGAGACCCCACGAGAGGGGACACCCCCCGUACCUCCACCGUGA